AACCAUCUUUCUCGGGACCCGCUUUGAGAGGGUCAGCCAGCUUCAACCGGGCCUGACGCCAUAUUCCUCACCUAGACUCGAGGCGUUCGGAUUUCUCAAAGCUACCGUUGUACAUUGUUCGUCGAUAUCGACGCAAUCCUCCGAUCCCGCUUCAAUCUCCAUACGAUUGAAGGGUCGGAAUCGGCACACCACCUUGAUAUUGUUCGACAUCUCGACUCGACCCCGAUCUGGUGAGGUAUGCUAUGGGCGGCGACACCCUUUUUACCCCUGGCCUCGGUAUCCAGAAGUCCCGAGAUGCUUCUAAACGCCUGUCCCUCAAGGAGAUGUCAAGUCUCAAAAGUUGUCGAUCGUCACUGAUGUGGUUGUUGAUACCAAAACCUUGCAGUUCAUCAAAAGACCUGAGUCAAUGUCUCUCUUGUCGUUGCUGAAUUAGAU